GGGGAGUGAAGUCCCAGAAAAGAGGAUAUGCAUGAGCCUAAGAACCCAGCCACUGCCAGUUAACAGAAUCAAGACCUACAUCAUCCAGGAGGGCUUCAUGAAAGCAGUAAUUUUCUUUACCAAACGAGGACUGAAAAUCUGUGCUGAUCCUGAAGCCAGCUGGGUGAGAGCAGCGGUCAAAACCGUGGACAACAGGUCCAGUGCCAGGAGGAGCAUGACGGAGCCCAAUCCUAUGGGAACCCAAAGGUCCACCAGCACAGCUGCGACCCUGUCUGGGCAGUAGCCUCUGGGACUGUGUUACAGCCAAACAGUCCAUCUCAUUUCUCAAGAUCAUGGACUAAUUAGGUUAUACCUACCUUUUAUAAAAG